ACUUGCCUGCAGCUAAAAAUAGGGAAUGAUAAGCAAGAGCGAGAAGUCCUGCUCAGCCCAGACCUCAAAUAACUGGAAGGAUCAGACGCAGCAAUGCACUCGCUACGGUUCAGGAGCGCUGAAGCUUUGGUGUCUAACACACAGCUUGUAAGGGAGAAUCUCGGCAGCCUCGCACACAACCUGUUCCCACUUCUUUUUAAGGCCAGUUACUUGCAAGAGCAGGGCGAGGUGCUCCGUGGCCUGGUGGAAAACUGGCCGCUGCCAGAACUGAACAUUGGAUCACUGCUGGGGAAGACGGUGGACCACCAGGAGGACUUCAGCAGCAGAGCCUGCUCUGUGUGCUUGGCCAGCUGUCUGAACGGCCUGAGAGACUACGUGCUGAAUCGUGCAUCUCCUUACGCAAAGAGACUCAGAAUGGUGGACCUAACAGGCAUAAAGGACGUUGAAGUCCAGCUCUGUCAUUGCAAGAAAGCCAUGGGACGGUGGGCCAGGACUGAGCUGCUUGCAAAGCUCUGCUAUGAUUUGCUUGUUGACAUGCAAAGGCUGCCAUUCAGUCCAGAAGUGUUUGAGGUAUCUGUCGAUGUCCGCAGUGACAUCUUUGUUACGGAACGGAACUAUGAGCUGGUUGUGCAGGCCUUGCUGAUGCGGUGCCACUGCCCGCUCAAGAUCCGCUGUGCAGCCUUCCGAGUGGACAACUUGCCCCUGAGGAAGCUCUUCUACAUCAUAAAGCUGACAGAGCCCUCAUCACUCUGCAAGCUUGAAAUGGUCCACAAUGUUCGUUUGGAAAUGGAGCAUUUGCAAGUGCUGUUGAAUAAUGUUCAGUUUCCUCAGCUGAGAUCACUCACAGUCCCGGCUAGAACAUUUGAUGUGAGAAGGUUCACAGCAGAGGAUGAAGCCACUCUGAUGAAGGUUGGAGAGAAGCUGAGCCAGAUGACACAGCUGAUUGAGCUGAACCUGGCAUUUUCCACACUCACAGGAAAGAUUCGGAAACUGCUCAGCCCAUUGAAAUACCCACUGAAAGUUCUGGAUGUUUCCAAUUGCUCCUUAAACCAUGUUGAUAUGGCUUAUUUAGCCAAUAGCCUCCAUUCUAACCAUCUGGAAGCCCUUGAUAUCAGUGGACAUGAUGUGGCUGAUCUCUACCCAUCCACCUUCUUCAAACUUCUGAAUCAUUCAUCUUACACGCUGAAGAGUCUCACCCUUGAGGAAUGCAACAUCCAGGACAUUCACAUAAACAUGUUGAUUUUGGGAUUGGUCCCCUGCCGGAAACUAGAGGAGUUCAAGUUCCUUGGAAAUCCUCUGUCUUCUCGAGCAUUGAAAUGCCUUUUUAACAUUUUCAUUGACUUUCCAAGGCUAAAAUACAUUGAAUUCCCAGUUCCAAGAGACUGUUAUGCAAGUGACAUCACUUACCCAAUUAAUGAAGCUGAUCUCUCAAAAUUUGAUCAUCAGAAAUAUGAGAGGACAGCAGAGGAACUUAACAUGAUUCUGCUGCAUGCAAAACGGGAGGACAUAAAGGCCUCCACACCCCUCUUUGGAAGCUAUGAUGCAGCAAUUCAAGAAACAGGCAAUGAACUCGGAUUCUCUUUGCUGAAGUCGUUCCAAGAUGCCCUACAGAGUUUCAGCUUGGCUCUUCAGGAAAUCAGCUGAAGUCUGAGCCAAAGAGCACUUCUCAGGUUCAUUGACAAAAUUCAGGCAUUCAUUUAUUGGAAUUAUUGAGAUCAUACAUUUAGGGCUAACUCUAUACUACUGGGCAUUCUCCUAGCAAGGUCACCUUAGGGAAGGCAGAGCUGCAGCCCACCCCCUAUGAGGAAGGCAUGCAGCAUGCUAAGCAAAACAACCAGUUGCAGCGUUCCCUGUUCACAGUGGACCUUUGGGAAGAGUUCGGGGGUCUCCUGUUCAUGAAAAUCUGCAACCUGUUAUAUGAAGCAGCACACUGAAGCCCUUUGUUUUCAGGCAAAAGACCAGCAUCGAUCCUGAAAAGCAAGGCAGAUGACUAGUGGCCCUCCAGAUGCUCUGCCUUGCAACCCCACCAUCCCUCACCACUGGCUGUGAUGGCAAGGGCUGAUGGGAGUUGUAGGCCAAGUAUCCAGAGGGCUGCAGGUUGCCCAGUCCUGCUGUUGAAUCAGGAGUCUAAUCUGGAGGUCAUUAGGUUGAGGAAUGCUGCUUUAGCAGAAGGAAUUCCAAAAUUUUUGUUUGAAGUUAAUACAUCUCCUGACUCCACAGACUUCUACAGGUUCAAAGUGAAGGUGAGGUUUUUCUAGCAGCCUCUUUCCAUUUUAUUAAUAGACCUUACAUUUCACCAUAUAGAUAGGUCUAGACAGGUUUUUUUUCCUACUUGUCUGAGGGAGGGUAGUGUCCAUGCACAGAUAUGGUUGUAUUCCUUUAGUAUGGUGCGUGUGUACCAAAACAGGCAUUCACUUAAAUCUGUGCCUAUUCUAGAGUAAAACUAAAAAGGAAAAGAAAAAAAGACAUCAGUGAUCCUGGGCCUGAGUAUGUGUGAUACAUUUACAUGAGACAGUUUAGAUCACUCCCAGUCAGGAUUUUCCCUUGAUUUUCUGUUUGGUGAUACCGUGGAUAAUGAAAAAAAGUUAACAAUUAAAAUUGAACGUACCGUC